AAACAUCAUCAAAAUCAAUCCAAUAAAACCCAAAAAGAACAAGAUCUCUUUCUUUCUUUUGCUUCCCCGUAAACCAAACUAAAAAAACAGAGAAGCUAAGCCAUGGCCAGCAUGCAACAGAGCAGAGCCGAGGGCCAGGAGAAGGCAGAGGAGUGGACCGACAGCAUGCAGCAGAAGGCCGACUCCGCCAGCCAGAGGACCGCGGGGUCCGCGGAGUUGGCCAAGGACAGCGCCCAACACAAGGCCGCCGCGGGCCAGGAGAAGGCCGCCAGCGCCGCGGAGACAGCUAAGGGCAAGGCCGACUCUGCCGCCGAGUCCGCCAAGGACAAGGCCACCCGCGCCGCGGACUCCGGCAAGGAGUCCCUCGGGCUCGGGAGCACCGCGGAUGCGGCCAGGGACAAGACCCUGAACGCCGCUCAGUCCGCCAAGGAGACGGCACAAGAGGGCGCCGACAAGACUGCCAACCUUCUUCAGCAGACUGGAGAAUCGGUGAAGAACAUUGCUCAGGGGGCCGUGGAUUCCGUCAAGAACACGCUUGGAAUGGGCGAGAGGAAGUGAUCGGUUCUUUAAUUUGUGCAAGAGCAGGCGGAGAAUUGAUGGCUGGAGAAUAAAACCCAGUAAAACGAAAAACUCUUUUCCAUUCAUAGUACAAGUAUAUACAAUAUUUAAUUUCAUGAAUUGAUCCAUCAUCCAUCCAUGAUAGUUGAUCACUUGAUCGAUUUCAAUUAUUAUGAUUAAUUAUAUUUUUUUGAAUGAUGGUGAUAAUUUUGUUCAUUUGGCAUAGAGGUUUACACAUAUAAUAUACAAGUACUUUUUGUUAAGAAUUAAAUGACAAUAUAUAGUAGCAAAAAUAUGGCAAAAAAAAAAAAAGGUAGGUAAUAAACAAUUUCAUAAAAAAUAAUUGACAGUUUCGACUAUGAACAAAGGGAAAAAUGCGUGAGAACAAUAGAAUGACUACUAAGGUGUUACUUGGAUCAAGCUAUUCAGGAUUUUCGUGUUUUUUUGGUUUGUUCAUGAUACUUGUGAUUUACAUGCAUGUUACUCUGAUAAUUUUGAAAGAUAGUAAAUUUGUCUCUCCCUUUAAGAUUUACAUUUAAAUUGUGAUCAAUCGUACACAAAGAAAAAUAUUUUUUUUCCCGCAAAGUCAGUUGUUAUAAAAUCAGACAUAUAAAGAAAAUAAAAAGAGCGCGGAAGUCGACCAAUAGUCGAACUCCCGAUGAGAGGGCCUUUUAUGCCACAUGAUGGGCAGCCCUAUUGAGACAGCGGAGAACAAAACAGUAAGAAACUCAACUACAGAGAGAAGCCGAGCUCUGAUCAUUCUGCAAGAUAGUUCCAUCUUGAUCAUGAGCCAAGUCACCUGUCUGAGGAAGUGCCACCGAUAACAGGAGCUCUUCUGCGUGCCUCAAAAAAAAAAAAAAAACAAACAAAACACACAAGCGUCCCCACUGAAGGCAACUAAGCUCCACCAAAUGGACUUAAACAAGUCAUUAAGGCUUAGUCGGAUACACCGAAACCAAAACUAUGUCAAAUUAAUUUUUUUUAAGAAUAGUUAAAGAAAAGCAAAAAAAUAAAACGGACGAAAUUGACAAAAUAAAAUGAAUAAAAGGGA